UCAACCACCCCAGAUUUGCCGAUCCUUUCGGCGCCAAUGAUCUGGGUCAAUUUCAAUUUCAAUUUCAAUUUCAAUUUCCAUCAUGAGGGGCUUUGUCAAUUCGUUUGUUCUCCUACUGAUUGUCAUUGCCUCACCAUUGCUUCUUAUUUGAGAUCAUCCCUCUUACAUCGCAUGUAUCAAUGCCCAGGAUUGUAACUAUUGAUUGAGCGUUAAGUGGCAAAAAGAGCUGUUCCAAGAUUUGGAAAUCGACACCAGUCUGCCCCCAUAUGUUUUCAAGGGCCAGUUGUUUGAACUCACAGGAGUCCCUCCUGAAAGGCAGAAGAUUAUGGUUAAGGGUGGUAUACUAAAGGACGAUGCAGAUUGGUCAACUUUAGGAGUAAAAAAGGGUCAAAAAUUAAUGAUGAUGGGCACAGCAGAUGAGAUUGUUAAAGCCCCAGAGAAGGGCCCUGUCUUUAUAGAAGAUCUUCCUGAAGAGGAACAAGUUAUUGCAGUGGGCCACAGUGCUGGUUUGUUUAAUUUGGGAAACACAUGCUACAUGAAUUCAACUUUACAGUGUUUGCAUUCUGUUCCUGAGCUUAAGUCAGCUUUGAUUAAGUACUCUAAUGCUGGGCGUAGUGAUGUUGAUCAAACUUCACACAUGUUAACUGUUGCUACCCGGGAUUUAUUCAGCGAGCUUGAUAAAAGUGUCAAGGCAGUGGCACCUAUGCAGUUCUGGAUGGUGCUGCGGAAAAAAUAUCCUCAAUUUGGCCAGCUGCAGAAUAGUACAUUCAUGCAACAAGAUGCUGAAGAAUGUUGGACACAACUUCUAUACACUCUAUCUCAGUCCCUUAGGUCAGCAGGUUCCAGUGAAAACCCCGAUGCUGUGAAGGACCUAUUUGGCAUUGAUCUUGUUAGCAGAGUACAUUGUCAAGAAAGUGGAGAGGAAAGUUCGGAAGCAGAAUCAGUUUAUUCACUUAAAUGUCAUAUUUCACAUGAAGUGAACCAUUUGGCUGAAGGAUUAAAGCAUGGUUUAAAAUCAGAAAUAGAUAAAGUGUCUCCUUCGCUGGGGCGCAGUGCAAUUUUCUUGAAGGAAUCUCGUAUAAAUAGCCUCCCAAGGUACUUGACAAUUCAAUUUGUCCGCUUUUUCUGGAAGAGAGAGUCGAAUCAGAAAGCCAAAAUUUUGAGGAAAGUGGAUUAUCCUUUGGAGUUGGAUGUGUUCGAUUUAUGUUCGGAUGAUCUUCGCAAACAAUUGGAAGCUCCUAGACUGCUUUUAAGGAACGAGGAAGGCAAAAAACUCGGUCUGAAACCAAAAGAGAAGACUUCGGAUUCAGCGGACAAGGAUGUAAAGAUGUCUGAUGCAGAAGGAACAUCUACUGGGAAUGAUGCACAAUCAAGUGUGACACCUCAAGAAGAUGCCCCUUCUGACAAGGAAACACAAAUGACUGGAAUUUAUGAUUUGGUAGCUGUGUUGACCCACAAGGGAAGGAGUGCAGAUUCAGGACACUAUGUUGCCUGGGUCAAGCAAGAAAGCGGGAAGUGGAUUGAAUAUGAUGAUGAUAACCCCAUUGUACAGAGAGACGAAGACAUCUUAAAGCUAUCUGGUGGAGGUGACUGGCAUAUGGCAUAUAUUUGCAUGUACAAGGCUCGUGUUGUCCCUAUGUGAUAUCAAUUACAUUCAUAUUUAAUGGCGAGAGCUUCCAUGGUUGGCUCGAUGCUCUGUAUCAGCUUGGCAACUUGAAAGCAAACUGGUCUGGUUAGAUAUUUUUUAGAAGCAAAUACGUUAUGUUUAAAUGUGUGGAUCAUUGGCACUGUUUGAUUUACCACCUCACUUUCUAUCUGUUUGGAACACUGCAAUUAUGCAAUUAGAUUUUUCCCGCUUUAUUUAUGAACAGGGAAACCAAGUAGUUUUGCUUA